AUGUCCUCGUCAAUUUACAAUCCACUGCUGUACGCCUGGCUGAAUGACAACUUUCGCAAGGAGUUCAAAAGUAUAUUCGUUCCCCUGACUAGUCGAUGCUUUCGCCUGUUUGGCCGACCGGAAAGCUCACUGGAUCAGGCGAAAGAGCUGCGCAACAAGGCCAACAAUGCGCCCGGACAGUCGGCGACGGGAAAGAAGGCCGACUCGAGCAAUGUGAACUUUGGAAAGCACAACAAAAACUGCACCUUCACCACUGACCUGAAGGGAAGUGAACGCGGCAAGGACGACGCCGUUGACGACGUGGAGAUCUCCAUGACCGUCCUCGACACGACCACCAACCUGGUGACGAACAUGGAGUCGAUCAAUGAGUUUGAGCUGCUGGAGAGUCUGAUGGUGACCAGCGUGCGCAAUGGCAUCUACGCAAACCGCGUUCUGCCGCCCUCGGGACAGGCACAGGCCAUCGUCGACACUAACAAACUCUGA